AUGUCAGCCAGCCUCACAGAGGGCAGCGCCAACUCAAAGGCAACCAUGCAGACCCUGGAUUCCUCCUCAGUCCUUUGCACUCAGGUGGUGACUUUUACCGAAGUGGUAGAAGAGGAAUGGAGUUCCUUCUACAACUCUUUUAAGACUGAGCAGUUGAUAACUCUGUGGGUCCUCUUUGUUUUCACCAUUGUUGGAAAUGCCACUGUACUGCUCUCCACAUGGAGGAGGAAGAGGAAGUCCAGAAUGACUUUCUUUGUGACUCAGCUGGCCAUCACAGACUCUUUCACAGGACUGGUCAACAUCUUGACAGACAUCAUCUGGCGGUUCACUGGAGACUUCCUGGCACCUGACUUGGUUUGCCGAGUAGUCCGUUACUUCCAGGUGGUGCUGCUCUAUGCUUCUACCUAUGUCCUGGUGUCCCUCAGCAUAGACAGAUACCAUGCCAUAGUCUAUCCCAUGAAGUUCCUGCAAAGAGAGAAGCAAGCCAAGGUCCUCAUCAUGAUUUCAUGGACCCUCUCCUUCCUGUUCUCCAUUCCAACUUUGAUUAUAUUUGGGAAAAGGAAGCUCUCCAAUGGUGAAGUGCAGUGCUGGGCCUUGUGGCCUGAUGACUCCUACUGGACUCCGUAUAUGACCAUUGUGGCCUUCCUAGUGUACUUCAUCCCUCUGGCAAUCAUCAGUGUCAUCUAUGCCAUCAUCAUCCGAACUAUCUGGAUUAAAAGCAAAGCCCAUGAAACAGUGAUCUCUAACUGUUCAGAUGGGAGGCUGUGCACCAGCUAUAACCGAAGACUCAUCUCAAAGGCAAAAAUCAAGGCCAUCAAGUAUAGUAUUGUCAUUAUUUUUGGCUUCAUCUUCUGUUGGAGUCCAUACUUUCUCUUUGAUAUUUUGGACAACUUCAGCCUCCUCCCAGACACCAAGGAACGUUUCUAUGCUUCUGUUAUCAUUCAGAACCUGCCAGCCUUGAACAGCGCCAUCAACCCUCUCAUCUACUGCAUGUUCAGCCACUCCCUCUGCCUCCUCUGCAAGGAGCACAGAUCACAGGAUUCAAGAGUGACUUGUCAGGAGAGAAGCAAGAGGCUUGAGAUGCAGAUUCUGUCUAAGCCAGAAUUCAUCUAGGCCAUGGAGCAAUGGAAGAAGCCCCAUCAACUCUUCCAGAUUCCCUUUACCACUUUGGACUUAUGCCUGAAGCCUGAGCUGACUUCUCCAGCCUGCUCUAGUCAUCGCUUUUGAGAGCUGCACACCCCUGGCAUCUUACUAAAUAAGAAACGACUGCAUCUGGAGGAAUAUUGACCAAUAUGAAGUCAGCAACUAUUAAUACCAUCUCUGUCUCCUUCCCACUGGUUGUCACCAGAACCCAAUGGACAAGGAGAUUACUUGGACCAGGGUCCAGGCUUGAGAGAGUUGAGGAGGCAGGCAAACACUAACAGAAGCCU